AUGGAGCAUGAAGUGCGCCGGUUCGGCCUCAGGGUCAAGCUCGCAUACGAAAGCGGUGAUGCACGCGCACUUGCAGCCUGCUUCGAGCCUCUCUGGUUUCUCAGCGCUCAGAAUGACUCUCCCACUCGACAGCUCGCUCUUGCUCUCCAGGCUACCAAUAGCGUCAUGCUCAGCAUUCGCAGUCUCUUCAAGGAGAACGGACCGCUCGGAGACUUGGUACACGACUACUUACGCUAUCUCGAUGACGCAAGGCCAGGCUCGCCAGACUUGUCGGCCAAAGCAGCUGCCUACGAGCUCAUACAAACAUGCUACACCGAUGUUCUGAGUAUCUUUCAGCAGCCAGAUAGUGAUUGGCUCGUGCCAACGCUCAAGCUCUUUUCGCGCGCCCUCGCCCUGCUGGCACUUCAAGCGGACGAGGCAGCGCACGAUAGCAAGAACGUCCGCGCAAGUCUGGCAUCCCGCUUGCUCAUUCGCACUUUGAAUGUCAUCUCGACGGACAAAGGCGCGACUCAGAAGCGUCUGGCAACUUUCUAUGUCGCCAAUCAAUGCUUGCGCAUCUACUUUAAGCUUGACAAUCUGCGCCUGACCGAUACGAUCAUCAACAACACGCGACACGCUCGACCGUUCCUCGACGUCGACUUUCCCAAGUCCGAUCGAGUGACCUAUCGAUACUAUAUCGGGCGGAUCUACCUCUCGCAAAGGCGUCUGCGACAAGCAAGACAAGAGCUACAAGCCGCUUUCGAUCUCUGCUCUCCUGCUGCAUACGCCCAAUGCAGAAUGCUGCUCAUCUUCCUCAUCGCUGCCUCUUUACCCCUCGGAAUACUGCCCAGCAAGCUAUUGCUGCAACAAUAUGACCUGGAACCGCAAUAUGGACCCUUGACCGAUGCGCUCAAACUCGGUGACUAUACCGCCUGCGUACAAGCUCUCGAUCGAUGGCGAGAGUGGCACAGAUCUAAAGGGGCUUACGUUCUCCUCAAAGAGAAGUUGGAAGUAAUCUGCUGGCGCAAUCUGUGCCGCAAAGUGCUGUGGAUACUCAGCAAAGGCAGGCCAACGAGUGAAGGGCCUCCAACGCUCCCACUGGACAAGCUACUCGCUGCGGCACAAUAUGCCUGGCGAGAUCCGACGCUCGAUCUAGACGACAUGCAUUGCGUUGCGGCUAGCCUGAACGAGCAAGGCUACAGCAAAGCUUACAUCCACCAGGCGCGCAAUUUGCUCGUCUUGCAAAAAGGCCCACAAGCGGGCUUCCCGCCCGUCAGCUCUGUACGCUUGGCGGGCGCUGAACGACUCGCGGUAGCCGACUAG